AAGAUCAUCCUGGCACAGAUGAGUGAAUAUUCCUCAGACAUGUGUCUCAAUCCUCAAGACAUCAUACAAAAUCAGUGCAGUUCUGGCCAGAUGAGGCAUAACAGCUUUCUAGAUCUUUGGAAGAACAUAACGGAAAGUAGGAAUCAGGGGACAAGCCCUCUUGGCGGGCCAAGUGAUGCAGUACCUGCUGGUGUUUGUAAUUCCAUCUCAAACAGCACCCAGAGUCCAAGUGAUGCCCCUGUGAAUGUUGUCUCUUUGAUGUCCAGCCAAGCACCGACCUCUUCAGACAGUCAAGUGUCGGAUGGAGACAAAGCUGGUGCCACACUACUGUUCUCUGGAGUCUUCUUGGGCCUAGUUGGCAUGACAUUCACGGCUAUGGGGUGGACAAAUUACAAUGUCAGUCACAGCUACGAGUGGACACAGCUUCUGGGGCCCGUUCUUCUGUCUGUCGGAGGUACUUUCGUGCUCAUAAGCAUCUGCAAGUUUCAAAUGCUCUCCUGCCUGAGCUGCAAACAGAAUGAUGGGGAGAGAACACCUGAAACGGAUCCUCUGCCGCCACUUUCAGGACCAUCGUUUGUCUUUACUAGACUCAAUCAGCCUAUUACCUUCCACAGGGCCACGGUGGUCCAGUACAUCCCACCACCUUACACCUCUGUAGUACCUGACCAAAGCCUGGGCCCUGUUAAUGGUUUGCACUCCAGUCACCAGCCAUUAGCAGUCACAAUGAGCACACCGCCACAGUAUUACAACGUGUAUCCCAUGGAAAACCCCGGCUUUAUUUCCGGUGAAUACGACAAUGCCACAGCAGAGCAAAGGGAAAACAGGAAUCACGGCGUCCCAAAUGAGGAGGAAGAGACGAAAGCGAGUACUGCAGGGAGCGCUUCUUCUCCACCUGCUUACGAGGAGCUUUUUGACAAUUAGUUGUUACAUUUAUGUUGUAAACAUAUACACACAGAGUGCCAUUAAUAAUAAUAUAUACUGGGCGAAUAUUAAUAAUUGUUCAUAUUUAAAAAAAAAAGUAAGCCAUUUAUUAUAAUAAUUUAAUAAUUAGCCUAUUAUAUUUUAUAAUUAAUAAUUAACUGAAGUGAUUGAAGUUUUCAGAUUUGAAAAAUGUAGCUUUCUUUUUACUGCAGUUUCGAUACAAAUUAUUUUAUACGCAGGCUAUGUGUGCUGUUUUAUGAUAUUGAGCUCACUAGUGUCCUCUUGGGCUCCUGGGAACACACGUGAGCGUCCGGUGAGGGCCACAUGGGGGCAGAAAGAGUGAGGAAGUAAGACAAAGUUACUAUUUCACCAAAAAUUGGGAAUGUGGUGUAUUUCCUUUUUGUGCAUUCGUUUUUGACAAAUUGUUUGAUAAAUAACUUUACUUUUGUAAUCCCCGUCCAACUGCCAUAAACGCAUGAAAAAAAAUGUCUCUACAGGAUAUUUAACCUUUUGUGUGAACGAGGAUGUAAAAGGACAUUUCAGUGCUAGCUUUUGACUGGAAGGGCAUGUCUGUCAUUUUAGGAAAUAUGAAGCAAUAUAUUUGUUUAAAUUCUAUUGUUAUGGUUCGAUGAGAUAUCGACUUAAAACAAAACAAGAAAAGAGAAUUAAUUUAAUCGAUUUAAAGUACAAAACCCUCAUCAUCAUCAUCAUCACCAUCACGUCUUUAUUCAGGACACACACACAGAAUGGUUCACUAUACAUAUAGGCUACUAUACUAUAACAAAGUACAUUAAAAAAGAAGAAAAAAAAUCAUUUGGCCUACUUAAAAAGUUCGAUCAAUGUGAUACAAAAGGGGGGAAAAAAUAUUUUUUUAAUCUUCUUUUACGGCUCAUUGUUUGUUACUUAUGUUUGCCUAUAAUAAUUUUUGAGUCAUAUUCUUUAACCUUCUUGAAUUCCGCCUGCAUGGUUUGUAUCAAACUUAAUUUAAUUAUUAAUAAUUUGCAUUUAAUUAUAUUAAUUCGGGUUGGAUUUUAAUAGUAGGCUAACAAUUGUCUGCCAAAAAUAAGGUUAUUUAAAAAUCUACAACUUAUCCAUAAACGGUCCAAUAUACAAACAGUGCUGUAGCCUACAUUCUAAAUAGUGGACAUAUCUAAAUUUUAUUUAUCUAAAUUAGGCUAUUUAAGUUAUUUCAAAUUGGGUGCGUGAAUUUUUCUUAGUUUAAAUACUUAUAUGCCAUCACCUUCCGCCCUCGUUUCAUUUUAAACUUUUUCGUUCAGAAUGGCAAACAGGGAGGGAAAUUUUAUAGGCAAAAACUGUGUGUGUGUGUGUGUGCGUGUGUGUGUGUGUGGGCGCGCACGCGCGCAUUUUGUGUGAUCUUUAGCUAUAGCAUAGAAAUAGCCUACAAUUGUAAGGAUAAACCUCCCCAUCUGUUCAGACGAAAUAUUGAAUUUUUUUUUUGUUUGUAUAACUUAUUCAGAUGAUCUAGGCUAUAAUUUACCCUUUGAACCUUAAAUAAAACAAAAAAUAAUGUUUCUUCAAUUUUGUUCUAUAUAGGCCUACAUCCUUAUAUUUUGUUUCUUUGGUUUCUUUUGUUUAUUGUACACUUUACCCAAGAUAUUGGCUUUUAAAUUUAGAAUUGCAAAUGUUAUUUUAAACUAAACAUCCUGGGUUAUACCGUUUCAUAACGUGUGUCAACUGACAUUUAAACUCAUGAAAACCGCAUUUUACAUUGAACAAAUAGCCUAGCUAAAUGAGUUCCACAACAAUUUUUUUUCAUAAACUUGGAUGUAUUGUUUGGAUACUUUUAUUCAGUUUGUACAAAAGGCAAAUAUACAAGUAAGCUUUCUAAACAAGAGUUGCAACCAGUAGGUGCUUUUAAAAAUUGCCGUUUCUUCCUGUGAUAGCAUCUGCUCAGACAACCUUCCUUCGUUAAAUGGGAUUGAAUGGCCAAUUCGGGUACUGCAGGGCCUACUGCUAAGGAGGUCUAUUAAACAGGCAUGAGCAAUGCCUCAAACUAUAAGACUCAAGCGUCGUUGCUUGUCUCUUGUCUGUAACGUGGUUUAUAUUUGUAUAAAUUCAGGGUAAAACGCGUUUUUGCCAUUGACGCUUUGUUGUCCCAAUUACCAUUUGCUACCAAAAUGAUGUGCCUAAUCCUUAAUCCACAAAUUUAUUUUUCUUUUUUUCCUUCAUUGUGACUACUUGGGUAAUUUAUGACGUUGCAUUUUAUUUAAUAAAAAAAUUGUCUGGCGAAUACAAUUUCCGGUCCAGUAGGCUACUGUAAGGUUGGCUAUCUCAACCCCCUUCGAAAUCACUCAGUGUCCAACAUUUUAAUAUCGAAAUAUUCAUUUUAUGAGUGGAGCGCCUGAUAGAAAAUAGGCAUAAUGAAUGAAUAAACAAAUAAUUAGACAGCACGAAAAAAUCUAUUAAUUUACUUUCUUUUCUUUUUGUUUUCUCCACUGUUUUCAAAGUUAUAACUUAUACAACCAACUCGGUCUGCUUUUAUCUUUUUAUUUGGUUCACGUAUCUAGGCCUAGGCCUAAUCCAUAAAUUAGCUGACUUUUAACAGUUAAAAUUGUUCCCAAAAAGCUAAAGUGCUUUAUCCAAUACAUUUUUAAACAGUGCCCCAGAAUUUGUAUUGUGCCUUUUUUUAUCGAAACCGCAGUGAAAUGUGAAUUUCAUUAAUUUCACUGCGCACACUAAAUCGCGGGUGGCCGACAGCGCUCAUUAUUGGAGAGCACCGCUUUAUUUAUUGCAGAACACGUUUAACAUUUUAACUUGUUCAGACUAACGAGGAGGAGGAAAGUGAAUGCACUGCUCCACUGGCUGUCUGAAUUUUAGGACGGUUUACAAUCUCAAUCUCACGCCAAAUUUACACUGUGACUGCAAAGGUGUCACGGAUGCACUUCUGAAGUGGCACUUAGGUGUCUUUGCACAGGCUCAGAGGUGACAUAAAUGCAAUUACACGGCAAUUUCAAACUGUAGCCUAUACUUUUAUUAGGGGCUGAGGUGGGUCAGAGCAGGCAUAUUUUUGUCUGGCUUUUCUACUCAUAAUUAUCAGCAGGCACAGAACAGCUUUAACCCUGCAUAAAGAAGGUUUAACACAGGCAUCUCUAAAGAAUGUGUAAUAAUUUGAGGAAGCCAUCUGUUAACAUUGCCAUGCACCCAUCUUGUUUGUUUGGCAUGGCCCCGGAUGCAAUUUAGCCUAUGCUAACUUAUGCUAAUUGUUUAACCUAUUCAUAAUAAUGAGAAGGAAAAAAACAACAACUUUAAACAAAUGUUUAAAAUAAAAUAGGCUAUAAAAUCAGUGCUGUGACAUAAUCAUCAAUAUAAGUCCCUUCCAUGUUUCACGCUAUUAAGGAGGCUUUUGUAAUUAUUUUGGUAAUUUUA